AAUGGUGUAUAUCUCGAGCAUGAUUUCCCCUCAUCGUUGGAAGAGAGUAACCACGGUUUUCUAAAGUUCGCUACCUUAACUUCUGUUGUUCUUGUCACUCCGUCGUCUCAGUCAUCAUGUUGAAGAAUCUGCUUGUCCUGACUCUGGCGUCUUUUGCCUUUGGGCAAGAUGACAUUCCUACGGAUGCCACUGUCAAGGAUGAGGACAUGGGACCUGCCGCUUUCAUGUGGCCCCCGGACCGUGUUUGGUCUGGGGACAUGGACAACAAGGCUCCUUGCGGUUCACGAGCAUCCGCUGGGAACAGAACCGACUUUCCCUUGACUGGCGGUGCUGUCUCUCUUGUUGGUCAGGAUGAUUAUUACAACACCAAGAUUAGCAUCUCGUACUCAGAGGAUCCUCAGUCAAAUGAUGACUUUGAGACUCUGAUCCAGGAAAAGAGCAUCACAGAUCUCAACCCAGGCCACACCUGCGUCCAAGUCCCCGAUGCCCCAUCAAAGGUCUCAGCCGGCGACAACGCAACUCUGCAAAUCAUCUACCGCGCCGACUGGGACGCCCCUCACAACCAGACCUUCUACGCCUGCGCCGACAUCACCUUUGUCACAAAGUCCGAGUUCAAGUUUGAGAUCCCCUGCUUUAACGCCACUGAGCCCGGUGACGAUGACAAGGCAGCUGGUGCUACUGUCGGACCCAGCCCAACUGCAACUCACCCGUCUACAUCUUCUGAGAGCUCUGAUGCUUCUGAGGCGGAGACCAAGUCGGGCAAGUCUAACAAGUUGAGCGGUGGAGCUAUUGCUGGUAUUGUAAUUGGCUCUAUCGCUGGUGUUGUCUUGAUUGCUGGUGCGAUUCUGUUCUUCUUGCGUCGUAGACAGCAGGCAAAGAGGAACUCGCGAAUCGCUCGCAUGGAGGAUAACGCGCGCAAGCAUCAGUUGGCUACCGAUGGUGCUUCUGGCACCAGCAUCUAAGGAGAUUGCUCUCCAGAAUAUUACCUACAGGAGACUGGCUCAUGGUAUACGCGAUACUGGUCAUGAUUGGAGGAUAUGAUAAUGUAAUUAGUGAUCAAUUCAUGUAGUAACGAACAUAACACUAUCCCCUUACUCUGAUGCUAG